GAGUUCUGGUAUUUGGAAUGGUGCUUCUCUUGCAAUUGCUUUCAGCCUUGUUGUUACUGGUCACAUUUCAUUUUAAAUGAUAGUUGUUAUCAAACAUCUAUGGACUUGAUUUACGCCCAGAAGACUUGUUAUCAAGUUAGGUGGUUUUUUUGGUAGUCACAAUCUUCUCAAUCUCCCCAACCCCAAUUAUGCAGUCCAACUUUCAGUGGGUCUGACCCACGUAAUCUCCCACCGUUUCCUUUUCCAGAUUUCGGUAGUCCAGACAAAUUGACAAGUGGACAAGACGACAGCUCCUUUGUUAUCUCUUGUUCACCUGAAUGGGAUAGAAAGCAAAAGCAGAGAACCGAAGAGUGGGCAAGGCUGAGAAGCAUAGGAAAAUGAGUAAAAUUACAGCAGGAGCAGCAGGUUCCUUAUUGUCUCCGUUGAUCCAGAAGGAGCAGCAGCAGCAGCAGCUUAUUGGCAACUUCACCACAGGGGAAGGAGAAUGGAAGAAGUUAGGGAGGAAACAAUGGCGGCUGCAUUCAAGAUCAUCAAGGCAGCAUGUGCAGAGCCAGAUAUCAGUGCAGCAACCUCAAACAUACUCUGCAACCAUCACCACCGAUAUCUCUCUUCAUGAAUCUCCAUCUCCUGCAGCUUCCUUUGAUAGGUAUCUGGAGGACAAACCCAGGGUUUUCCAGGCAAUGUUCCCUGACAAACAGAGAAGCCAACAGCUUAAUGAGGAAGAGUGGAGGAUUCAAAUGCUGCCCAUAAACUUCGUAUUCUUGACAGUAUGGCCAACAGUUGAUGCGAGGCUGAGGUGCAUAGCUGGAGGGAGAGACUACCCACCACAAAUCACAAAGGUUAUGGAGCUCCAAAUUCUGCGAUGGGAGCUGAAGGGGCUCAACGACGUCAUCGAACCGUCUCAUUUCUCCCUCGGCGUAAGAGGAGUGUUAUACGCCGACAGAGGAAGAGGUGAAGCCGUAACCAGAACCAGAACCAGAACCAGGCUUAAAGGGAAGCUGGAGAUGGAGAUAAGCUUUCUCCUUCCUCCAGUGCUUGCCUUUGUUCCAGAGGAUGUUCGCAAGAGCGUUGCUGAAACGGUGCUGACUAGAUUGGUUGAGAACAUGAAGCACAAGGUUAAUGGCAGCUUGUUGUCGGAUUAUAGCAAGUUCAAGGCAGAGAGAUCCUGACCCGCAUCUACUCUUCUUCCCCUUUUGCUUUUCUUCUUUCAAGAAUAGUCAAAUCAAUCACAGUUCAACGAGUCGUUAUAAUGAUGAGGUGUGAUUUUGCCUAAACUAGAAUUACCCAAUUUUCUAUCAUAUCACUAGUCUUAUAUGCCAUUGUACCAGCUCAAUCCAAAGACACAAUCAACAUUACGUGUAAAAAGAGGUUUUGGUAGAAGGGCGAAAAGACCUCAAAUAUGAUUCUCAAUUUCGAAGAGCAAUAUAGUUAAAAUCAUGUUUUAAAAUUAAAAAACUUAUCUUUUUACUCUUCUCAGUUAUCAAAACAUUUCUAAGUAGAAUUGUACUUUUUAGUUACAACUGUAGUCAAAAUCUACGCUUUAAAGCUUACGGUUUUACGCUUCUAGAACACCAAGAUGCUUCUGCGUAGAAUUGCGCUUUUGACUGCAUUGCUAACAAGGUCAAUCCUCUUAACAAAUGGUCCAAAAAUGUGGUCGCCACACCAUUCAAUUUGGGGAUUGCUAAUUGUCGCCCUACUAGUAUUAUAUCGCCCUGAUUUUUAAAAUAAAAACGAUCAUUUUCUCCUUUUUUAUUAAAAAAAGGCAAAAUACACUUGUAUAGCCAAAACUUUUGCGUUUUUGCCAAUAAUAGCCAAAUUUGGAGAAAUACCACUUAUAGCCACUUCCAUCCAAUUCUUUAACGGUGUUAACGUUAAGUAUGUCUGGACAAACGGAGAUGCUUACAUGGCGAGCUCUUAUUUCCAAUUUCGUUUGUAAAUAUCCACAUGGAUAAUCAUUCAAUUAAAAAAUUAUGGGAUAAAAACGGAAAAGCCCACUCUGCUCCCACCUCCUAACUCUCCGCCUUCUUCUUCCCCUCCCCGUCUUCCCCACUACUCCUACCGGAGCUGGUUCUCGGACUCCCUCUAUGUGGAAGUAGCGAGGGUUCCUCGAAAACGGAUUCCCCGAUUUUCGGGCAAAACAAAUAGUUUCAUUAGGGCACCCUUGUUUUCCCCGACGAUGGUGAUGACUGAUGACCUUCGUCCCUUGUCUUCCAGAUCUGAAGGAUUCUUCUUCUUCCUUGGAUCGAAGACCUAUCAGAGGAUUCCCGGCGUUGCGUCUCUCCCCUGCCUUAUCGGGAUUGAAGACGACGCAAGAGCUGGAGAGGUUGGAGAAUCCAUGGAGGAAUCAGAAAAGUGGAAUUAACGCCGGAAUUGUGUCGAACGAGUAGACACAGCUUCACCGACGCAAAUUUCUUCACGGCUAGCAAGCGCAUCUCUAACCCGUCCUUCGCCACUCCGAUGAACGAUAACCUACUCCUCCUGGCUCUCUUCGACUCGUUCCGUGAGAGGGGGAAUAUUGUUCCGGGACGAGAAACGAUGGCUGGUUGUUGAGAAAAUCGUUCCGGGAACAGAUCUACAAUGGUGGAUGUGAGCAGAUCGGUGAGAGAGAGAGAGAGAUCAAUGUUUAUGUACCUUUUAUCUUUCCUUUUUGCUGGAGAAAAUUGCACAUAUGAAGAUGGAAUUUGUUCAAAUGGUUCGGCGAGGAGAAGUUGUGUUCAGAUUGAACCGGUGAGAGCUGGAGUGAAGAGGCGAAAGGAGGGAAAUGUGUAGGUUCAGGAAGGAGCUGAAUCUGAACAAGAAGUGUCGGUUCAUUGCCCUGUUGAAGAUAUUCCCUAUCGUGUUUGAGAUUGUGAAGGAAGGCGCUUAAUUGUUGCAGUUUAGAAGAGGCUGCAUUUUGAGGAGCUGAAGGUUAGGAACGAAAUGGAGGAUCUGCUGGUUUUGAAGUUGAGGAAAUUGUUGAUGAUGUCUCUGGAAAAGAGGAUCUUGCUUGAGAAAAUUGCACAUCUGAAGACUAAUUUAGAGCUUCAUAGGAAUUUCCUGAUAUGAUUUGUCGUAGGUACCCACAGUACUUCAUAGUUGUUCCAACCGAGCGGGAGCCUGCAUAACUCACUGGGAUCCAGAGCUUGUUGUAUUGGCUUUGGAGUUAUCUGUCGAGGAGAAGCGGGCUAUAGAGCUUGAAGAGAAGGCUUUGAUCUACAAUGGUGGAUUAGGAAUUUUUUUGUUAGGGGUUAAAAGAUGGUUAGAUGAGAGAGACGGGAGGAAGAGAGUCUUCUGACUCCAAUUUUUUUUAAAUUAAAAAUAUGACGUGGCGAUUACGUGACAUGUGAGUCUAGGUGGACAUGACGUGUCGUCCAAAUGGAGGCCACAUAAGCAUAACGUUCACUUAAACUAACGGGAGUUAGAGACGGUGUUAAAGUAUUUGACGGAAAUGGCUAUAUUUGUCAUACAAGUUCAAAAAAUGUGGCUAUAAGUGGUAUUUCUCCAAAUUUGGCUAUUAUUGGCACAAACACGAAAGUUUUGGCUAUAUACAUGUAUUUUGCCAAAAAAAAAAAAAAUUUACCCAACAAAAAUUCUGUUGAAAGCUGAAACUCUCUCUUCCCCUUUCUCCCCACCUCUCUUUCUCUUCUCCCGGUUUCCGCCUCUCAUUUUUCCUUCCUAUCUUCAAGACCUGCUGCUCAAGAGCACCAUGGAUAAGUAGGUAUCAGGGUGUUUAAGGAAAAAUCCCCAAUUUUCCCCAAAACAAAUCAACCUUUCCCCUUCUAUAUAAAUCCCCUUCCUAUAAUAAGAAGCUUUAUAAAUUUAAGCCCCUUUCAAACCAUCUUCUAACUAGUUUAGAAUAUACAUAAUCAACAUGCAUCCUUCUUGUUCGUUCUAGCCAACAAGUGAUAAAAAAUGAACGUAUGAAACCCUCAAGGAAGAGAGGCAGAGCAAUGACAUGAACAAGAUAACUGAUUGUUCAUGACUGAUCGGGAUUGAGAGGAGACCAAAUGAGAAUUAUUUGGUAGAGAUGUGUUCGGCCGGUGCUCAAUGUUGACUUAAGUGGAGGAUGCAUAUUAGAUUGGGGUUAGAUUAUUGAGGACAAAGGGACUGAUGGUGGAGAUGGAGAUGAAGAAAUGAGCAGCGGAGUAGGGUUUGGAGAGGAAUCGGGCGAAGUUUGGGGCUGAUUGGCGAUUGCUGCUAAAGAAAAAAAAAGGUUAGUUUAGGAAUUUUAUGUUUUAAGUUAGGGCGAAAAAAUAAAGUUAGAGCGAUGUUUAGGCAUUCAGUUCAAUUUUCUCCACACUAGCUUUGUGCCCUAGUCUUUGGUUGGAAUUAAUAUUGAUGUGAGUUUGUUGUUUUUUUUUCCUAUGGUUAGAGAUUAUAACGUACAAUAAAUCCAGUUGAACAAUGAAUCAGUUGGGGGGUAGGUUUAAACUAGGAGUGGCUAUAACUCUCUCUAAAAUUUGAAAUAUAGUUAAUAUUAUAUGCAAAAGUUGUAACACAUUUUGGAAAUAUAGUAAUCGUUAAAAU